AUGACUGCCCCAGUAACAGAAGGCGAGGUACCCUUCCGCGUGCCCGGCGUCGAAAAGCCGUGCAUAACAUGGUACAAAAUCGUCGGGGAUCUCAAGACGAGCAAGAAGCCGCCGCUUGUGGCGGUGCAAGGCGGACCUGGCUUCUCGCACGACUACAUAAUCCCGCUCGGAGACCUUGCUGCUGAACCCUAUAACUUCACCGUUAUAUUCUACGAUCCCAUUGGCGCCGGACGCAGUACACAUCUCCCCGAGAAGAACGGCGACGAAGCGUUUUGGACGGAGCAGCUCUUCGAGGACGAGUUUUACAAUUUGCUCAGGCACCUUGGCGUUGAGCAGUACCAUGUGCUCGGGCACUGUUGGGGAGGCAUGCUUGCAGAGCGCAUCGCGUGCAAGCGCCCCAAAGGCUUGCGCCGGCUUAUUCUCACAGACUCGCUCGCGAGUAUGGAGACGUGGGCCGAGUCGGCGCGCAAGCUCCUGGGAAAGCUGCCGAAAGAAACCCAGGACGUCGUGGAGAAGCAUGAGAAGUAUGGAACGACUAGUAGCCCGGAGUAUCAGGCCGCGAUCGUCAAGUUUUUCAAGGCGUAUGUGCUACAGCUAGAACCAUGGCCAACCGAGUUCCUGCAUGCCCUUGAGAUGACGGAGAAGGAACCGUCGGUGUACCACACCAUGGUCGGUCCCUCGGAGUUCCACAUCACAGGUUCGCUUAAGCACUGGGACAUCACCCCGGAGUUGCACAAGAUUAAUGUGCCAACGCUCGUGAUAAACGGGAAGGACGACGAGGCCACAGACGAGGUCGUCAAAGCGUUGUUCUGGAAUAUCCCUAAUGCGCGCUGGUACACGUUCUCCAAUAGCAGCCAUAUGCCAUUCUGGGAGGAGCGCGAGGCGUACAUGAGAUUUGUUGCUGAAUUCUUAACGCAGGAAUAGAGCUGAUGAACAGGGGGGAACUUGGAUUAUGAACGCAACGACCACAAAAAGAGGACCGUAGACUGGGAUUGAGUAGCCC